CAGGCAACGGCGCGGCCCGCGCUGGCGCUGCACUGCGGAGGCUCUGCCCCGAGCCAGCCCGGCUGGGUCGCGGUGACCAGCACCGAACCCAGGGCAGCCGCCCGCCACUGCUGGCCGUCUUCGGGGAAGAGGGGCCAGGGCCCACCGGACCCCACCCACGCCGCCUGUUCAGUCUGGAGAAGAAGAGCUGCAUCCAAUAGAGGACCUUGGAUGUCAGGAACUGAAUUGGAAGAGGUGCCCGAAGAAAUGGACACUAGAAGAAAACACUGGAAGGAGAAUAUGUUUGCUCCUUUUGUUAGUGCACAGGAUAUCCUAGAUGAGGCUUCUCAGCUUGACUCUUCUUCUGGACAAAUGACUUUAGAUAAGGCCAAGAGAAUGGAAAGAAUUUUUAAUUUGUUUAGUAGAAAGUUUCAAGAAGAAAAUAAAUUUAAAAAGAAAGAAUUUAUUUCUCAACCAAAUGAAAAUGAACAAGAACCAAAUUUAAGAGAGAGAAAGAUAAACAUUUCAAAGAAUGAGGCAGGCACAAAUUCUGUCUCCUGUGAAUCAUCUAAUUUGGACAUUGCAACUGAAGAAAGCUUUAAUAGCACAGAAGAGCCUCCUACCUGGGGUACAAAGGAAUUACCAACUCCACCAGGAAAAGACAAGAAGAAGAAGUUCACCAAAGGAAUGUCUCCAAAACUUCGCCUGAAUCUUUUGAAUGAAGAGCUGGAAGUGCUUAAUAUGAAAUGCAGAAAAAUAGAAGAGGAAUUCGAAAAUGCGGAAAAAGAACUUUUGAACUCCAAAAAAGAAGUCUCCUCAAAACCCCUAAAUUUUCAAGAAGCAGGGAUGGAAACUUCCAAGAAAGACUGGGAACUUCAGGCUUUAAGAAAUGACCUCUCUGAAAAAGCAACAAACGUUAAAAACUUAACCGAAGAGCUCCAGCAAGCCAAAGAGGUCAUCCACAAGUUGAGCCUUGAGAACAAGGAUUUAAAAGAAGCCAUUAGGAAGUUAAAGCAGCAAACUGAGGUUGGAAAUGCACUCCUAAAGGAAGAAAUGAAGUUGUAUUAUGAAGUAGAAAUGGAAAAGAUUCACGGAGAGCUCAGUGCCAUCAAGAAUGAACUGAAAGCAGAGAAGACCCUACAAGCAAGAAAUAACAGAGCCCUGGAGUUGCUUAGAAAACACUUUGCUUCUGUAAGGUCAUCAGGUACCCCUGACAGCUUUAUGGGGGAUUUUUUUUAAAACAACAACAAAAAAAUUAAAAAAGCCUUUUAUU